AUGGCCAACAAUGCCCAACAGAAGCUGGCAAACUCUUGUCCUUCUUAUCUUCUUUAUGAGAAGAAAGUAGCAGGAGAAACUGAGUUUAGAGCAUCAUCUGGAACCUCAGGCUUAGGUCGCUUCCACAGCGAAGGGAUAAAUCUACAGCCAAAUCUACAGGAAGCUCUGUGGCAGACAGGUAGCCCAUCUCGGCAUGCCCUGCAGUUGGGCGCGGGGCUUCCUGGGAGCUGUAGUCCCUGGGUUGCGUUACGGCGUUGGCGGAGUGGAGGGCGGAGCUGCCGGUGGCCCGGGUGGGCGGGCCGCUGGAGAGACGGUGUGAUCGCUCCUGCCGCCGCUACCUCCGGGGUCUUUCGCCUAUGCAGGGAGCGAGAGGUGGAGGCGGGGUCGGUGUCGCGAUGGAGCCCGACUUGGAGAUUGAGGACAAGACCAUCGAGCUCAUGGUCCUUGGCCUUUCUGGACUUCCUGAAGACUGCUCUGGAUAAGAAUCCAGAAACCCGGCCCAGUGCUGCACAACUCUUAGAGCAUCCCUUUGUCAGCAAAAUCACCAGCAACAAAGCUCUUAGAAAGCUGGUAGCUGAAGCAAAGGCUGAAGUGAUGGAAGAAAUUGAAGACAACAGGGAGGAAGGAGAAGAUGAUGACUCAACAGAAAAGUGCCUCCUCCAGGGAGUCACACAUGGGACUCUUCAGAAGUGAGUCAAUUGAGUUUUGAUGGAGAGAAGCCUCCAGAGUCAUCAACUGCUGACCCAGUGAUGCCCACAGAGCCCAAAGGCAACCUCAAUAAGCCCAGUGACAAGCUUUCGGAUGGGGAAAUCACUGCUAUCAAAGAAGAGGGUGUCGGCUCCAUUCAAACUUUCAUCCUUUACCUUUUUCACUUGUCUAUAAUUCAGUUUACAUCCAAGCAAUAUUUCUAUAAAGAGCAAAGUAAUAAACAGCCUCCUAUGCAGCAGAAAAUGAGAUAGAAACACAAGAAGGUGUAAAUUAAACAAAUAUCCUUCCAUAUGUCACAGCUCACCCAUACAAACAAAAUAAAAAAUUUGCCCAUUUCACAGUUAGAAA